UCUGCACAGUACCAAUCCACUCCUUUGACCUCGAAACGAGCCACAGAUGUCCACUGUGGAACAGCAGGCCAAAGCACCUGUCGAUCUACGCAAUGUCAUCUCGUUCCUCAGGAGCGGUAAAGCUGGGAUAAAGAUUAGAGUAGGUGUCUUGAAUGGCAAGCGGAUUGAUUAUUUCAAAGGCAAAUCCGCUAUCAAAGCACUCCUCUCCCCUGCCUACGCCAAACUCAAAAACGUCCCAAAAGUAACCUCGGAAUCCGAAGCCCAGACCCUCCUACACUCCAUCAUCCCUUUCGCCUUCUUCCUUCGCGUCGAUCGUGGACAACCUGUCAAUUCGAACUCCUCUUCUAUCAAACACGUACAAAUAAACCCCGUACAGCUGUUCAAACCAGAAGAAUACUACGCUUGGUUCUACGAGGGUUCGCAAUGGACGACUUAUGUCGGUGGAUUGGCAAUGGUGGCUAUUAUGCUCGCGGGUGUGAUGUUCCCGCUUUGGCCACCGAUUAUGCGGAUGGGGGUGUGGUAUAUCAGUGUGGGCGUUUUGGGGUUGAUUGGGUUGUUGUUUGCGAUUGCGAUCGUGAGGUUGAUAUUUUACAUCAUCACCGUGGUGGUGGCAAAUCCUGGGAUCUGGAUAUUCCCAAGGUUAUUCGCGGAUGUUGGAUUUGUUGACUCCUUCAUCCCACUUUGGGAAUGGGACCUCCCAAAGAAGAAGACAAAGAAGCGCGCCGGGGACAAAGACAAGAAGGACAAGAAAUCGAAAUCUAAAGGCGAUCCUACGGUAGCUGCAGCAUCGGGCUCCGACGCACCCUCACCUUCAGAGUCUCCUGCUCCAGCCCCAACAAACGGUGGUGCCUUCAUUGAGGAAGUCGCAGACUCAGAUGAUGAGUCGAGGCCGGCGAGUCGACUGGCGGCUUCGUCGGGAGUGCUGCUUGAGGAAGUGGAGUCUUCAUAACGGGUUGGCGAGGCGGUUUGGGGAGUAGACGAUAGCUCUUUAGUAGCGGCGGCUUUUUGAGUAAUUCUGGUGCGGCCAGUCUGCUAGGUGUUGUUGCAUGCUCACGGUCAUCUUUCUUCGUUGCAAUUACUUCGUACUGUCGUGUUGGUUUAGUUUCCUACUUCUUGACUUUUUUCUCCUUUGUUGUGAUCUACGUACCGAACAUUCCUUUAAAUUCUCCUCCAUGCAUAUUUCUCAACGACCCGUCGGUCGGUCAUUCUUGAGGUGUGCUGGCGCCUUUGUUUGUGUGGCGGUGGCGACGUUUAGCCAGCUCAAUAUGCUGCAGGCAGGAUGGUCUCCU